AAGAACAUUUGCCUGUUCUUGGUGUUAGGUCGACAGAAGGGAGUGCGUUCGGUGUUUGAAUUCAGUCGUAGGCGGACAGUUAGUUCAUUUGGUCCGUCGUUGGGCCAGUUGAGUAGUUCAAAGCUCUUUGCCGGUCGCCGAAGCCGGAGGUGGGGUAACGUCGCGUCGCCGGUAGGAAAGUGCAAUUGUUUGGCGAUAGUGUUGGGCCCGAUCAGUGGUGUGUAACGAAAAAAAAAGAAUGAAACGCUAGUCGCUUUUUUCAGUUAUUUCGCUCAUCCGGAAUGCUAUUGUGUUUCACCAGCAGAAGGAAGUUGAUUGAAAAGUUGCAUUUCAUUCGAGUCGGCAUUUGACCGAAGAAGGAUUGGUGUUUUGCGAAUAUUUUAGCGCUAGAAUCGCGGUGGAUAGAUAGGUGAAUGGUUGAAUGCGAUCAGUUCGGCACAGCCCAACGGUGAGAGUUGAUGGGAAAUUGCAGCUAACAACAUAAAGGAAUAAAAGAAAAUAAAAAAAAGUCAAGCAGCUGAAGUGGUUUGCGUGAUCGGUUGCGAAGCGUUUUGAUCAUACAGGUGUGUUUAUUAUACAACAGUGGUGGUGCAACGAAGCAGUAGGCUGGUAAAUAAACCGAUCGUACCGACGAACAUGAUGAUCGCGUCCGGGUGGAUCCACCGUACUGGUGCUGCUGCUGGUAGUGGUCGUGGCGCCCGCGGAGGAGUGUUGAUCUCCACCACUACGACUACUAUCUUACUGCUGGCGAUGGUUGUAACGGUUGCUUCCAGAACACCGAUCUCGAUGACUCUGGAGGAACACAUUAGCGAUGAUCCCGAUUUGUCACAGUUCUACGAUCUAAUCGAAAGGAAUCCGAUUGCAUCGGCAGCGCUGAAGCUGCGAGCGUUGACCAUCUUCGCUCCGACGAAUCAGGCGUUUCAGCGUUAUCUCGGCAAUAAAACGGUCGUCCUGUAUCACAUAUCAACCGUCGCCACACCACUGGAGCAGCUGGGUUCAACGAUAACGUCGGACUAUGACGGAAACCCGCCGAUCUACGUGACCAGACGGAGACAUCUGAAUGGCACCGAGGACAUCUACGUGAACAAUGCCAAAAUUAUCCGGAACCGGUCCAACGUACAGCUGACGAAUCAGCACGGCAAGAAGCAGGUGUUGCACAUUAUUGAUGACGUAUUAACACCACUGACAGUCAAUCCAUCAACUUCGUUCGAGCUGUACAAUCCGGAUGCCUUCCAGUUUAUUCAGCAUGCCGAAAACCUGGACAUUAAUCAGCAUCGGAUUCGCUCGUUCCGUCACAAGAUAGUGAUGAUGCGAAAGGAAGACAUUUACAAAGCGGUUGGCGGCCAUACCUUCCUGAUUCCAGUCGAAGAGGGCUUUAAGCCUCCGCCACGGCCAGACAUGAUCGAUCGAAAAGUGAUCGAUGGCCACGUGAUACCGAAUCAUGUCAUUUUCACGGCACCGGCUCCGCUGGAUGACCCGCAGGAUACGCUAGCGUUCGAAGAUAACCUCAAAGUAACGGUUACGUUUUUCAAGCAUGGCGAAGGAAAGAACGCAAAAGUGUACGUGCGGUCGAACACGGUAAUUGGUGAUUCGCGGCACGCGUCCGGUGCCGUACUGGCCGAGAUCGUCAAGGCAAAUAUUCCCGUCCGAAAUGGAGUGGUUCAUCUCAUACAUCGCCCGCUGAUGGUAGUCGACACCACCGUACUGCAGUUCCUAGAGGAAAAGGAAGACGGUCCGCUGUUCAAGUUCUACGAGCUAAUCGCCGAUUAUGCGCCGGAUUUCUUCAAAACCAUGGCCAACCUACAGCAGAUGACACUGUUUGCUCCGAGCAAUGACGCCUUAAGCCAUCCGAUCGUGCACAACUUCAUCAGGAAUCGUGAUAAGCUACGGGAGAUCCUGAACCUACAUCUCGUACGCGACAGUAUCACCACCGACAAAAUCCGUAAGAACAACCAAAACCAGGCCGCACAGAACUACCAGAUCCCCACCGCUGCGGAUAAGAAAUUUCUGUACUUCAACGUUAUCAACAACCGGUACGACCACAACCAGACGAUUACGGUGGAAGGAGGCGGCGUAAAUGCAACAAUUAUCCUCAGCGACAUCGCUGCGACCAACGGCUAUCUGCACAUCAUCGACCGAGUGCUUGGCAUUCCCUACAUGACCGUUCAGGAGAAGAUCGAAACUGACCCGAUGCUCAAUCUUACCUAUCAGUUCGGGCGCCUGAAUCAGUUCAACGAACAGCUGAAUAAAACCACGAAACGGUUCACUUACUUCAUUCCUCGAAACCGAGCGUGGAUGCAGUGGUUCCAAGAGCACCAAGGAGCCAACCUGAACAGCUUCCUGACCGACAUCUACCAGACAAGAUCUGUACUGGAGCGCCAUCUGGUAGUAGCGGACCGGGUGUUUACCAUGUCGGAUCUGAAAAACAUGUCCAACGAUUCGCUCAUCCUGCCAACGGUCGGACCGCACAACCUACAGAUCCGAGUUAAGGAGGAAGACCGAAGAUUCUACGUUCAGUGGAAAGAAACCGGCAAAUGGAUUCCGGUGUUCCGGCCUGAUGUCGAGUGCACGAACGGAAUCAUGCACGUGAUCGAUGCACCGCUGGUGCGGGACCACGACAUUACCACCAGUGGGACCAGCAGAAGCAGUUGUACUGCGCUCGUAACAACGCUCAUCAGCACAAUCGUUUUGGCAGCAACAACUUGGCAGCUUCUGUAAGGAUGCAGCAGUGUCCCAUUCACUUCACAUAUAGAUAGGAGCUUUAUUUCAAAUAGUUACACUCGGCCAUCGCACUCGACAAAAAGAGAACAGAUUCCAAUGUGACGGAUUGCAGCUUAUGAGAAUUCAUUUAUUUCAAUAAGAUUAUGGUAGCCAAGCCAAAACGGUGCGACAGGCAUGCAGCAGCGACGAGAGGACGAUGAAUUAUAUUUUAAACUAGUGACAUCUAUUGAAGAGGAUCCCAAUCGUUCUGCAAAUAUUUUUCUCUCCGACCAUCACAUCUCGCUGGCUGCAUAAAAUGUGGAAAAGGAAAACACUUUUCUCUCCUUGCUCUCCUCAGAGCAUAUUUCCGCAACGGCAUAUCUCGCCAACCACAUGGCUGAAUUGCAUGUAGUAGGAGGACUAAUCCUCUUGCCGGAGUGGAUUAAAUGCCACCGCUUUUCCAGUCGUAUUUUCGGAAGCGAACCACUGCAUUGUCGGUACUUCAGUUGCAGUUGGCUGCUGAACAAUAGUCGAGAGACUUUUUCUUUUUCUGUACUGCAAAUGGUGCUUUCCAACCUAAGGAUGGCUAAUCGUUUCUUCGACUAUAACCGGCUUUGAUGUAUGCUGCUGCCAAUUCAAAGUAGUUUUUAGGAAUAAGAUAUAGACUCGAUAAAUUUCUCAUAAUAUUUAUUUUAUUUCUGUCUGGCAUCAUUCGUACGAAAAAAUAAAUAACAAAUACUGCCGAGUAUACUGAAUCGGAUAUGAAAGGAACACAGGAUCUUAAGCAGGUGAUUUUAAUUCCGUGUAAAGCAACGUUUUUUGCGUUUGUUUUUCUAUCAAACAGAUCCUGUUGUAAUUCAACAACAAUUCAACGAUGAUAAUCAAGCACACUUGAGUAGAACCAUUACAGUGGACAAUUAUAUCUACAUAUUUGAUUUUUUUAACAAGAUAGACAACACAAAAGCACGUAGCCAACAGAGUAUAAUCGGUUUUGAACUCCUCCACCUAAUUUUUUCAUUGUUUUACACUAAACUUAAGCUAAAUUUAUAAUGUGGCAAAAAAACACAAUUGAUUUUAGAAAAAUAUCCCCCAAUCGAAACCGCAAAUAAAACAAAAAUAAAUUAAUAAAAGAGCUUAUCUACAUACCGUCGAUACUCGGAAGCAGUAGCACAAGAGAGAGAGAACAACCAUUUUACACCGUAAUCUUAUGUUACUUUGCAACUUUCGUAAAUCCGCACUGUUGACAAUACAUACUAGAAAUAGCCAAACUAGUUGAAAAUCAGAAAAUUUUAACAUCCUUCGCAGUACCGCACACACUCCGUACUAGAACCAGCGUACAGUUAGAGCUUAGUCAAAUAAGAGAACAAAUUCUCCCUUCAUCAUUAACAGUUUUAUUUGCCUAAUUUUCUGUAUUGUCUAAUAUUAGCACGAUAUUUGCGUCGUUAAGUCCCAAAAGGUGCUCACGAAAUAAGCUAAAAAUCAUGUCUCAAGUUUUUUAAUUAUAAUUUUCAUUAAAUAACGGUUUAAUUGUUUCCAAGUCUUUUUAUCCUACACAUUUUUGAGCUUCGCUGUAAUCCCGCAAAACCGUUAGUGUGGUUCAAUAGAAUAUGUGUUCAGAAACUGGUGGAAUCAAAUACAACUAAUAAUUAACACAAAAAACCAAUUUGCAUACGAAUUCAAAAGCAGCUGCGGAACGAAUGAAAUGAUGAAAACUGUGUCUACCCGAAAUUACCGUGCCGUGCUAACGUCAACGUCAACAACAACAAACUUUUGCGGCUAAGUUAUUGCGUAGUUUACGAUCGGUCCACAAAAUCAAAGAAAAACAACAACAUAGGAAAUUCUUCUGACAAAUCUAGGCCAAUUUCCUUUCUCGGCACUUCGAUUACCGUGCAGUGCCCCACCCCCCGGAAUAAAAGCACUCUUCUGAGGUAGCUUUCCGUUUAGCCUAAAGUGUGUUCGUUGUUUUCAACAACAAAAAAAGUUAGAACCUGUUCCCGUUGUUACGCGCAAUUUGGAUGACGCCAAUUAUUUUAACCUAACCUCAAUCAGUUGCUGUGCCUUAUGGAAAACAAAAGGAAAUUAAAAAAUUGACUUUUUCAAAACAAAACGAAAAAAAAAAAUGUUACAGAAAAUCUUCUCUAUGCGCCUUCACUAGAAUUAAACCGAGAAAGGAAAUUGCAGGUUUCAUUUGUAGAAAAAAAAAAAACAAAAACUAUUAUUGUCAAAUUAUUAAAGAUCGAUGAUUUAGCACUUUUUAAGCGGUGACAAACAAACAUUAAAAUAAAACAUAGAAAGACAAUUGAAUGUGAGAAAUGUUGAUCGUAACUUAAUUUUAGUAUACUUAUUGCCUUUCGAUAUAAACAGGAACAGGAUCCGCAGAAGGAUCUGUAAUUAUUCUUGAAUUGUGAGAUAGAAUAAUAAUUAUAAUAAAAACUAGCUGCGAAUGAUGUGAGUAUUUUCUAGGUGCACUCCGCGAAGGGCUCGUCUCUUUUCUCUCUAUUACUUUUAUAUAUUCUAUUCAAUCGUGACGAAAUAUUGUAUUUUUGUGGUAGACUUUGUAAAACAUUACCCUCUAUUGAAAAGAUGCUGAUUUUUAUUGAUUAUGCAUAGUUCCGAGAAUACGUGAGAGUAUGUUUAAGAGCUAUAUUUUAAAGAAACAUACACGUAGUUGCUGUGUUAGUGCUAUUUUUCAUAUUAUAAUCAUCCUUAUACCAAAAAAAAGAAGAAGAACAGAAACAAACAAAUCGAACCGCUUGUUGCGAAUGAGGAUUUUGUCUAGAAACUAGCUCGUAUUAAUCGCAAUCUCAUGACUCUCACGAUUCGGUUGUUAUUAAACGAAAAGAAGAAAAAACCAUCGCGCGAAUCGUAAGCUUACUCGUACCAUUCAGUUUCGUUGAAAUGACAUUAAAAAAAACAAAAACGCAUUUACAUACAACAAAAUGAAAAUCUCCCCCGACGGAUCAUCCAUUUUCUAGUUCAAAUUGUAGUCUUAUACGAUUUAGAUAAUUAUAAAGGAAAACCAAACACAAAAUCAUCCAUUAAAACGUAAGUAAAAUGUGACUAAGCAAGCAGACAUGUUCAUGUUAUGAUCUUUAUCCAGAUGGAGCAAAUACAGCCGAAAUGUAACGACUCGAACUCGGAAAAAGAAAGGAAUAAAAUCUACCAGAGAGUUUAGAAAACAGAACAAGAUUGUAUAAAUACACGCAAAGUUCAAUCAAGUACACGCAGUUAAGUAGAUACAGUAAACCGAUGUAAAAUAAAAAAACCGGACAACCUGGAUAAACAAAUCAGAGGUGUAACAAUUCCUCCUAACUGGGACGAUUUGAAUCAAAUGAUGCGAUAAUAAACUAUUCAUACA